AUGCCGCGCGGUAAAUCCUUAACGGCUGAAGAAAAAGGAAAAAUUGCGGGCCUGCAUGAUGCUCAGUGGUCGAUACGCCGCAUCGCGAAGCAUCUAGGCAGGUCCGCAAAAGUAGUAGCUAGCUACUUGAAAGCCCCCGAGCUCUACGGAACAAAGAAAAGGAGCGGGAGGAAGCCUACGCUGUCUGCGCAGGCAAAAAGGGCGCUGAUCCGAGAAGCGCACAAGGGAGAAAUGACAUCAACAGAACUUGUCAAGACACUCCAGCUCCCUGUUAAGUCCAGCCACGUGCGUGCAAUACUCAGCAGCACUCCCACCCUUCAGUAUAUGCGCAUGGCACGCGCACCAAUGAUGCUUCCGCGCCACAAAAUCGCGUGA